AGUCAGCCGAGGACAGAAACCCUAGAAAUCGCCCGAGUCGAGUUAAUUUUGCUCCCAACCCAGCUCUAUCUCGCUCCGUGACUCGUCCCUUCCCCCUCCGCGAAAACGCUUCCCUUCGCCACCUGCAAUGUGUUCCAACUUCGCUUCAGUUUUACCUCUCUUUUCUUCAGUCUGAAAAAUCGAACGAAACCGGAAAAUCUCCCCCUCCGAUUACGAAAUCUCCCUCCUCUCUCGAAACUUCCGACUCGCCAGCACCAGAACGUUCUUAGCCUCAUUAGAUUGAGGCUGCGGAGAUUUUAUGGUCUGUGGAACUGAUAAAGCUUGAAGCUUUCUUGGAGUUUGCAUAUGGUUUAACAAUGGCUCCACUGGGAUCAAUCGGAGUAGUAGACCCUGGGUGGGAGCACGGUGUUGCACAAGACGAGCGCAAGAAAAAGGUUAAAUGCAACUACUGUGGGAAGAUAGUUAGCGGAGGAAUAUACAGACUGAAGCAGCACUUGGCUCGAGUAUCCGGAGAAGUAACCUAUUGCGAGAAGUCUCCGGAGGAAGUAUGCCUGAGGAUGAAAGAGAAUCUGCAACGGGGACGUUCCACCAGGAAGCUGAGGCAGACUAAGGAUAGCAACGGGCAGUCUUGUUUCGGUUUCCAUCAGUCUAACAACGAUGACGAGGCGGAGGAGGAGGAAGAGCGGCGGUGCUGGCCUAGAAGAGGCAAAGGAAAGCAAUCCGUUGGGGACGCGAGUCUUCUCCGAUCUUCAGGGUACGUUGAUCCUGGGUGGGAACAUGGUGUUGCUCAGGACGAGAGGAAGAAGAAGGUGAAAUGUAAUUACUGUAGCAAGAUUGUGAGUGGCGGUAUCAACCGGUUUAAACAGCACCUCGCGAGGAUACCCGGAGAGGUGGCGCCGUGUAAAACCGCUCCCGAGGAGGUUUAUGUGAAGAUUAAAGAGAACAUGAAGUGGCACCGAGCUGGGAAAAGGCAGAGCAGGCCUGAUGAUGACGACACGGGGGGUUUAACGUUGUAUCAGGAUCCCGAGCAAGUAGAAGAUGGAGAGGAUCAUGACUUCUUUCCAGGUAGCCAAGAUAGGUUGAUGCUGGGAAACGGAAGGUUUAGUAAAGACGAAAGGAGAAGCUUUGAUUCAGUGAACGCUAGAUCUGUCUCUGAAGCAAGACCAAAACGAGGGAGGGUGAUCCCGUUUCAGACACCGUCUUCUAGCAAACAGAGGAAGCUAUACACCAGUUGUUCAAACAGAGUUGUAUCAAGAAAAGAAGUCACUUCCUCCAUUUCCAAAUUCUUCCACGACGUAGGAGUUCCCACGGAAGCAGCAAAUUCUCUCUACUUUCAAAAGAUGGUUGAGCUGAUUGGUAUGUACGGAGAGGGAUUUGUUGUGCCGUCGAGCCAGGUGUUUUCUGGUAGGCUCUUACAGGACGAGAUAUCGACUAUCAAAGGCUACUUGAGGGAGUACAGAGCUUCUUGGAUGGUGACUGGUUGUUCUAUACUGGCAGACACUUGGAUCAACACAGAGGGGAAGACGAUGAUCAGUUUCUUGGUCUCUUGCCCACGCGGUGUCUACUUCCACUCGUCCAUUGAUGCGACUGAUGUAACAGAAGAUGCUUUAAGACUUUUCAGGUACCUAGACAAACUAGUUGACGACAUUGGUGAGGAAUAUGUAGUGCAGGUUGUUACACAGAACACGGGUAUCUGUAGAAGUGCCGGAAAGUUACUGGAAGAGAAAAGAAAGAAUCUUUACUGGUCUCCCUGCGCGAUGCAUUCCACAGAGCUGGUUCUUGAAGACAUCUCGAAGCUUGACCUCGUCUCUGAGUGCUUGGAGAAGAGCCAAAGAAUCACCAGAUUCAUCUACAACCAAACUUGGCUGCUCAAUCUCAUGAAGAACGAGUUCACACAGGGGAUGGAUCUUCUUAGACCGGAAGUCACUCGCCACGCUUCCAGUUUCACCACUCUCCAGAGUCUUAUGGACCACAAGGCCAAUCUCAGAGGUCUGUUUCAAUCCAACGGAUGGAUGUUGUCACAGACUGCCGCCAAGUCUGAAGAAGGAAGAGAAGUGGAGAAGAUGGUGUCUGGUGCUGCGUUUUGGAAGAAGGCUCAGUUCGUUCUGAAAUCGGUUGAUCCGGUGAUGCAGGUGAUUCGCAUGAUCGAUGAUGGCGGCGAGAGACUGUCUCUGCCGUAUGCUUACGGUUACAUGUGCCGUGCGAAAAUGGCGAUAAAGUCUAUUCAUAACGAUGAUGCAAGGAAAUACGGACCGUUCUGGCGUGUGAUAGAUUACCAUUGGAACCCAUUGUUUCACCAUCCUCUCUACGUAGCUGCAUAUUUCUUCAACCCGGAUUACAGAUAUCGUCCUGAUUUUAUGGCGCAUUCUGAGGUUGUGCGUGGAGUUAACGAAUGCAUUGUUCGGCUUGAGCCUGAUAAUACGAGAAGAAUCACAGCAUUGAUGCAGAUUCCUGAUUAUACUUCUGCGAAAGCUGAUUUCGGAACGGAUAUAGCCAUUGGGACAAGAACAGAGCUUGAUCCAUCCGCAUGGUGGCAACAGCAUGGGAUAAGCUGUUUGGAGCUCCAGCGAGUAGCGGUUCGGAUACUGAGCCACACUUGCUCCUCUGUUGGGUGCGAGCCUAAGUGGAGCGUGUACGACCAAGUCAACGCUCAAUGCCAGAGCCGGUUCGGGAAAAAGUCAACGAGAGAUCUAGCUUUCGUUCAUUACAACUUACGGCUCAGAGAGAAACAGCUGAAACGGCGGCUACAUGAUGAUGGAACACCACCUUCUCUUAACUACGCCUUGGUCGAUCGGUUGCUGCCGGACUGGCUCGUGACCUCCGAGAAGGAGGGUAAUUCCGGUUUAUUUUUCGUCGGGAAUCUCAAUUUCUCCGGCGACAUGGCUUCCAAUCUUCCGAUGAGUCCUCAAUUGGAGCAGAUCCAUGGCGAAAUCCGUGACCAUUUCCGAGCCCUCGCGAAUGGUUUCCAGAGGUUGGAUAAGAUCAAGGAUUCGAAUAGACAAAGCAAGCAACUGGAGGAACUUACAGAGAAGAUGAGAGAGUGUAAAAGAUUGGUGAAGGAGUUCGACCGUGAACUCAAGGAUGAGGAAGCUAGAAAUUCUCCUGAAGUAAACAAGCAGUUGAACGAUGAGAAACAAUCUAUGAUCAAGGAACUCAAUUCUUACGUUGCACUAAGAAAAACGUAUAUGAGUACCCUAGGAAACAAGAAAGUUGAACUAUUUGACAUGGGAGCUGGAGUCAGUGGGGAACCUACAGCUGAAGAAAAUGUUCAAGUGGCUUCAGCUAUGUCAAACCAGGAGCUCGUUGACGCUGGAAAGAAACGAAUGGAUGAGACUGAUCAGGCAAUAGAGCGCUCAAAACAGGUUGUAGAACAAACCUUAGAAGUUGGGACUCAAACUGCAGCUAACUUGAAGGGACAGACGGAUCAAAUGGGGCGCGUCGUUAACCACUUGGACACGAUUCAGUUCUCAAUCAAGAAGGCCUCUCAGCUUGUGAAAGAGAUCGGGAGACAGGUGGCUACUGAUAAAUGCAUAAUGGCGUUCCUAUUUCUCAUUGUAUGCGGUGUUAUAGCCAUUAUCGUAGUGAAGAUCGUACACCCGAAUAACAAAGACAUUAGGGACAUCCCAGGAUUAGCUCCUCCAGCGCAAUCGAGGAAGCUAUUGUACUUGAGGAAUCAAGAGUACACGGGAAAUUAG